AGGGGCGUGGCGGAGGUCGCCGCUUUCCUGCUACAACAGGCCUACUUUAGCUAAAGCAGAAACUUAAAGCCAGAACUGGUCACCCUUUGUGGGUCUCUGAAAAAUACAGAACGAAGUUUGGAAAGAGUUCAAAGGCGUCUGGGCCGACUAUGGCGAUUUUUGUUUCCCGCCCCACUGCAGAAGCGAAAGCGCUCGUGUCGCCUUUGGCUCCCGCUGAGGGUGAGUCCGGAACUUCCUGUGCACAGCGGAACUUUCGGCUCUGAAAUCCAAGUUGCGGUAGGCGCAUCUUUGCGGAGCGGUUUCCGGGCGGCUCACUUCCCUUGCAUGCGGCUUUGUGUCGGGAGUUCCUGACAGCCAUGGCACCGCGGGUCUGGCGUCGACAGACCCUAGAGCGCUGUCUGACAGAAGUCGGCAAAGCCACUGAUCGGCCCGAGUGCUUCCUCACGAUUCAAGAUGGAUUGGCAUCAAAGUUUACUUCUUUAACAAAAGUGCUUUAUGACUUUAAUAAAAUAUUAGAGAAUGGUAGGAUCCGUGGAAGCCCUUUACAAAAACUUGUGAUAGAAAAUUUUGAUGAUGAGCAGAUUUGGCAACAACUGGAAUUGCAAAAUGAACCAAUUUUACAAUACUUCCAGAAUGCAGUUAGUGAAACAAUUAAUGAUGAAGACAUCAGUCUUCUCCCAGAGAGUGAAGAACAGGAAUGUGAAGAGGAUGGUUCAGAGAUAGAGGCUGAUGACCAGGAGGACCUAGAAGACUUAGAGGAGGAGGAAGUGUCAGACAUGGAUGAUGAUGAUCCUGAAGUGGGUGAGAGAGCUAAAAACUCAAGCAAAUUUGAUCUGAGGAAAAGCCCAGUUUUCAGUGAUGAGGAUUCUGACCUUGACUUUGAUAUCAGCAAAUUGGAACAGCAGAGCAAGGUGCAAAACAAAGGGCAUGGAAAACCAAGAGAAAAGUCCAUAGUAGACGACAAAUUCUUCAAACUCUCUGAAAUGGAGGCCUAUUUAGAAAACAUAGAAAAAGAAGAGGAGGAACGAAAAGAUGAUAAUGAUGAUGAGGAGGAAGAUAUUGAUUUUUUUGAAGAUAUUGAUUCUGAUGAAGAUGAAAGCAUACUGUUUGGAAGUAAAAAACUUAAGUCAGGUAAAAGUUCCAGAAAUCUGAAAUACAAAGACUUUUUUGAUCCAGUUGAAAGUGAUGAAGACGUAACAAGUGUUCAUGAUGAUGAGCUAGAUUCAGAGAAAGAAGAUGAUGAAAUUGCUGAAGAAGCAGCAGAACUAAGUAUUUCGGAAACGGAUGAAGAUGAUGACCUUGAAGAAAGUGAAGACAGUAAACAACAUAAAGAAAGCUUGAAAAGAGUGACCUUUGCUUUGCCAGAUGAUGAGAAAACUGAAGAUACAGGUGUUUUAAAUGGAAAGAAAAAUUCUGAUGAAGUUAAAUCCUCUUUUGAAAAAAGACAGGAAAAGAUGAAUGAAAAAAUUGCAUCUUUAGAAAAAGAGUUGUUAGAAAAAAAGCCUUGGCAGCUCCAGGGGGAAGUGACAGCACAGAAGAGGCCAGAGAACAGCCUCCUGGAGGAGACCCUGCACUUUGACCAUGCUGUCCGGAUGGCACCUGUGAUUACAGAGGAAACCACCCUUCAACUGGAAGAUAUCAUUAAACAGAGGAUAAGAGAUCAGGCUUGGGAUGAUGUAGUACGUAAAGAAAAACCUAAAGAGGAUGCAUACGAAUAUAAAAAGCGUUUAACCUUAGACCAUGAGAAGAGUAAAUUGAGCCUUGCUGAAAUUUAUGAACAGGAGUACAUCAAACUCAACCAGCAAAAAACAGCAGAAGAAGAAAAUCCAGAGCAUGUAGAAAUUCAGAAGAUGAUGGAUUCCCUCUUCUUAAAAUUGGAUGCCCUCUCAAACUUCCACUUUAUCCCUAAACCGCCUGUACCAGAGAUUAAAGUAGUGUCAAAUCUGCCAGCCAUAACCAUGGAGGAAGUAGCCCCAGUGAGUGUUAGUGAUGCAGCUCUCCUGGCCCCAGAGGAGAUCAAGGAGAAAAAUAAAGCUGGAGAUAUAAAAACAGCUGCUGAAAAAACAGCUACAGACAAGAAACGCGAGCGGAGGAAAAAGAAAUCUCAAAAGCGUAUGAAAAUAAAGGAGAAGGAGAAGCGGAGAAAACUGCUUGAAAAGAGCAGUCUAGAUCAAGCAGGGAAAUACAGCAAAGCGGUAGCUUCGGAGAAGUUAAAACAGCUGACCAAAACUGGCAAAGCUUCCUUCAUAAAGGAUGAAGGUAAAGACAAAGCCUUAAAGUCCUCUCAAGCAUUCUUUUCUAAAUUACAAGAUCAAGUAAAAAUGCAAAUCAGUGAUGCAAAGAAAACAGAAAAGAAAAAGAAGAAAAGACAGGAUGUUUCUGUUCAUAAAUUAAAGCUGUAAUAUAUUUUGAAUAUAAUGUAAAUAUUAAUGUGUAAGCUUAUAUUGUGCCAUUAUUCUGUUUUAUAAUAAAAUUCUUGAGAACCUUU